UAAUAAUCUAUCAUAAUAAUCUACUUGUUUGUUUCAGCUUACUCCUAAUAAUUCAGAUUAUAAUAAUCCUAAGUUGAAUCAAACAUGGCCUAAAUAUAGUACGAGAGAGUUAUUAUUUUUUCUUGGUCUUAGUGUACCUAUGAAAUAUGUAGAUCAAUUUGGAACGGAGGGAGUAUGUAUGAGUAGUAGGUAGUAACACACGCAGCUAGUCAGCUACACCCUACAGAUCUGCUAUUUGCAGGCUAUCGCAUUGAUCUACAGCUCCUGGAAACGUCAGUUGCCGUGAAUGAUCUUAAUAAGCGUCGUGUAACAGCUGAAACUCUUGAAGGAGAUUAUGUCUGUUAAUCCAUCAAACACACUAUAAAAAAUGGCCAAAAGUUCGCAUUCGAUAUUCAGACGGUGCAAUCAGCAAAGCCUGCAACCAUGAAGAAACCCACACGCCAAAUGGUGCCAGCCCUCGCCAUCCUGGCUCUCUCCGUCGCCGGACUCGCCGUCGCCGCCGCCGCGGCGCCGCCCACCCGGAGAGGGCAGGAGGUCCACCUGUUCGAGGCCACGGUGCGCGUCGCCGACGACGGCGUGGAAGAUCCCGACGAGUACAACUACCGGUUGCUCGCCACCGUGCUCGGCAGCGUCGAGGCAGCUCAGAGCGUCACGUAUGAGACUUACCCUGGGACAUUCAGUGCGUUCCUCACGAACAACCAGGCCCGGAGAUUGUCCAAAGUACCGGGGGUGCUGGAAGUUAGGCAAAGGGACGAUCCUGUGCCUACGGAUGGACAGUGAUAAGAGUUUGUAUGAGGAUUUGUACCAUCCAGCGGUUCCAAAUCCCAAUCACAAAAACAUGGAAGAUUUAUGUCUGAG